AUGAUACUUAAUAAUUUAUUCUCGAUUUUAUUCAUAAGUCAUUUCACGUUGGGAGCUAGUACAUUAGCAAAUAGAGCAAAUCGUUUUAAUGAAAAACCUCCUACUGAAACACCAGGACCAGGCUAUUAUGAACUUCAUGCAAAUCAGUCACCUCGUUUGCCUAUUCCUGAUAUUGUCAAACAUCAACGUCAACAUGUACUUAAAAUUAAUCGUAAAUCAUUACCGCCUUCAAUUCCUGAUCCAAAAUAUUCAUAUGGGUUUGAACAAGAUGAAGAUGGAAAUCUUGUCCCACAUCAGCCAGUUUUUCUAGAUCAAGAUAUAGAUCAAGAUUUUUCUAAUACAACAGUAGAAAAUGAUCCAACGAAACUUUACCAAGGUGUUCAUUUUGGUAAAUAUUCUAGUAAACGUACUGAUUUUGCGGCUAAACCAGGUCCUGGUCCCGGUGAAUACGAUGUACAUGAUCCAAUCAAACUUGAAAUUCAUCAUAUCAAUGCUAAACCAAUUGAAAAACGAUCUGAAUUACAAGUACCACGAUAUCCUGAUAGUUUACUUAAAACAGCAGCGAAAGAUGAUAUUCCUGGACCUGGUCAAUAUUCAAUAAAACGUGAACUUGAUUUUGAACAAUCAAAGUCUGAUAUAUUAGGACUUGACAUUGAGCGACCACCAUUUGGUUCUCAAACACAACGUUUUAAUAAUUUUGCAACUGCAGUACCUGGUCCAGGAGCUUAUGAUGAUAAAUUUCUUUCAAUAUUCAAUAGUAGUCAAACAAAACCAACAAGUAUUAAACGAGUACCAUUUAAUCAAACAACAGCUCGUUUUGUUUCAACAAAUUAUAGAUCAAGAAGUUUGCCAGGUCCUGCUCAAUAUCAUAUUCCUACUUUUACUGAUGAAAACACACGACGAGUAGCUAUGGAUCAUGGAAAAAAGCCACCGUUUAAUGUAGCUGCAGUACGCCGAUUUAAUAUAUUACCUAAAGAUGAAACUAAUAGACCAGGACCAAGUACGUAUGAUGUGAAAACUCAACCGUCUAAACCAAAAUAUGAACAACCAACGGCUAAUUUUAUUUCUAAUACUAGUCGUGAUCUUGUUAUUGAAGAUAUUCCUGGUCCAGCAGCAUAUGAUGUUCCAAGUGCUUAUCAAUCACUAAUAACACAACAUCGAAAAUCACCACGUUCAAAAGUUGCACGUCAACGACAAAGUCAAUUUUUAAGUGCUGCUAAACGAACAUUUGUUAGUGAUAUGACUACUGACAAUCCUGGACCUGGUGCGUAUGAAGGUUCUAUUACAUCACGUCCACAUGGUUAUGCACCUGUACGUGAUACACGUUUUCGUGAUGAAAUUCCUCAAUUACCUGGUCCAGCUGAUUAUGAAUUAUCACCACUUUUACAAGAUACUGUUCUUCGUGGUACAUUUAAUACAAAAUUAAAUAAUCCUAUUUUGGUUAAAUUACAAAAUCGUGCUUUGAAAGAAGAAGCAGCUGCUAAUGCGAUGGCAUAA